UCUUCUAAAAACGCCAUUUUAUUUCAAAAUUGUAUUCCGUCAUGUUUACAUUUUUCGUGAUUUAAAAAACGGUAAAAAUUUCAACACGUUAAUGAAAUAACGCUUAUCAUGGAUAAAACGAAUUCUAAUGCUUCAAAAUGUUCAUCAAAAUCAUGGAGCCACAACAGAACCACUGAUGCUGAAAUAAUAGAAAAGAAGGGCAGUCAGAAGGGCAAAGGCAAUGCUGCGAAACCUCCUUGCCCAUAUUGUAAGUCAUGGCUGAGUAGUACAUCGGAUAUCCAACAGGGUAGAAUAGACAAGACUUCAUCGCAUGGGACACCGAGAUCACCUGGCAACACAGACUUGUCAAAUCUCAAAAUAGAAGCACCAUCAGCAGUUUGCUCACCACAUCUCAAAUAUGGCAUAUUCAAUCAAAAGAAAAUUACAGUUAACCCGAGAUCUGUAGAAAGACCUAAAUCGCCUAUGAAACAACGGUUUAGUUCUGCUGAUAUGGAUAACAAAGAUACUGUUUCGGAGCCCGGUAGUCCAUUUUUUUCAAUUCGUGCUCUGAGCGAACAAGACAGGGAUAAGUUUACACCGCUGCAGGCGAAGGGAGGGGACAUGGCGGCUCGACUACUACCCGCAAAACCAUGAGAAGCUAUUGUACUGUUUUGUAAUAAAAAUUGUAGAAACGUA